AUGAUUAGGACUUGUUCUUCGCCAUCGUCGGUUACCUCAGCAGCGAAGAUGAGUCUUGUUCGUUUCACCAAUAUUUAUACAUCUUCAAGGUUACUACGGAAUCAUCAAAAGAAAUUUUUCGUCUUCCAUCCCGAUACGAUCCAGUCCAAUCAAAAUCAUUUAUACAUGGAUCAUCAACGGAACCACAACAGCAUGAGAAAUAUUUCUUUUCAAUUUAAUAAGAAUGAGGAAAUUCCCGAUCAUUUUGAUUUUGUGGUGAUUGGAGGAGGCUCCGGAGGCAUUGCUUGUUCCAAACAACUCUCACUUGCUUCCAAUUCAAACACAAAAAUUUGUUUACUAGAUUAUAGAGAUCCGUCCAAUCAUUGGCUUGCGGAAAGAAAUGGCAAGCUGAAUGGUUGGUUAUGGCCACUCGGUGGAACAUGUGUCAAUGUUGGAUGCAUUCCAAAAAAGCUAAUGCAUAAAGCUGCACAAAUCGGAGAAACCCUUUCGCAUGAUGCCGCCGAAUUUGGAUGGAAAUUAAAGACCGAGCAGCACGAUUGGAAAAUUCUCGUCUCCAAUGUACAAAACUAUAUCAAAUCUCUGAAUUUUGGAUAUCGAACAGCCAUGACACAUACCUAUGCGUUUGAUGCACAAGAUUCGUCACAAAAAAAGCUCUACUAUCUCAACAUGAAAGCCAAAUUUAUUAAUGACCAUACAUUGGAAUUGACUGACCCAAGAAAGCAAACCACACGAACCAUUACAGCUGAUCGAAUUAUUAUUAGUGUGGGAGGCACUCCCAAUAUACCAAGCGACGUGCCCGGUGCUAAUGAAUAUUGUAUUACGUCAGAUGACAUCUUCUCGUUACGAGAGGCACCAGGAAAAACACUUGUGAUUGGAGCUUCAUAUAUUGCUUUGGAAACGGCUUCAUUUCUACGAGGUCUUGGCUAUGAUAGUACUGUCAUGAUGAGAUCAAUACCACUUAGGGGAUUCGAUCAAGAAUGUGCUUGGAAAAUUGUGGAUGGUAUGAAAGAUCGAGGAACAAAAUUCUUGGAGCGAUGCAUUCCUGUCAAGAUUGAAAAGAUUGAUGGAGAACAUGACGAAUAUUUAGUUCACUACAAAAAUCUUGACAAUGGAGCAAUUCACACUGAAAAAUUCAAUACAGUCAUGUUUGCUGUUGGACGAAGAGCUGUGACAUCUGAAUUGAAUAUAACUUUGGAUAUGGAUGAUAAUGGAAAAAUUAUGGCCAAUGAACGCGAAGAAACCUCAAAAAAUCAUAUUUAUGCCAUUGGAGAUUGUAUUAACAGAAAAACCGAACUCACACCAGUGGCCAUUAAGGCUGGCACAUUGUUAGCCAAUAGACUUUGCUCUGUUAGCUCUGAACUCAUGGACUAUGACAAUGUACCAACCACUAUUUUCACACAUCCUUAUGAAUAUGGUUGUUGUGGAUUAUCGGAGGAAGAAGCCAUUGCUCGUUUCGGAGAAGAUCAAAUCGAAGUGUACAUUUCUAAAUAUGCUCCUAUUGAGCAUUCUCUUGCUCAUCGAGAUGAGAACAAGACUUUUAUGAAACUUAUUUGUCAUAAAACAAAUGAAAACACAGAAAGAGUGAUUGGAUUUCAUUAUAUUGGAGAUAAUGCUGGUGAAAUUACCAUGGGAGUUGCAGUUGCAAUGAAAUCUGGUGCAACAAAACAAGAUUUUGACAAUACCAUUGGAAUACAUCCAACCGCUGCAGAAGAAAUGACGUUUUUAACCAUUACGAAACGAUCUGGAAAAUCAGCAGAAAAAGCAGGAUGCUGA